AAAACAGCCAAACCGGCCGUUAUAAUGGGCUUUAUUUGGACCGGACCAAGCUUACACGAGAACACAGAAGAUCCGAAAUUUCAGAAGACAGUAAAGGAGAUCAUCCAUGGCUGCUGCCGAUCCCGAAAAGCUCAUCGCCAAAGCCGAUAAACUAACAAAACUCACUUUAACACGAUGGAGCGCGGACUGGAAGAAUGCAACUCAAUAUUAUGAGCAGGCAGCUACUGCUUUUAGGUUUGCCAAAAAACAUGAGAAAGCAAAAGUAGCAUUUGAGAAAGCUUCAAAAGGACAAGAAAUGCUCGCCUCACCAUGGGAUGCUGCUAAGCAUAUGGAGUCUGCUGCUGCGUUAGCUGUUGAAUUAGGCAUCUGGAGUGAAGUUGCUGACUUUUACAGAAGGGCGUCUGAGCUUUACAAUGAAUGCGGCAGGUCACAACCUGCGUCUGAUGCGCUUGCAAAAGGUGCCCGUGCUCUGGAAGAUGCUAAGCCUGAGGAUGCCAUUGCAAUGUAUACUGAUGCUUGCUCACUACUUGAGGAGGAUGGCAAGGAAAAUAUGGCAUUUGAUUUAUAUCGCGCCAUUACUAAUGUUUACAUAAAACUUGAAAAGUACACGGAUGCUGCAAGUUUUCUUUUGAGAUGGGCUGUAGCAGCUAAUAAAUGCAAUGCUCUCCAUAGCCAAUGCAAGGCUUAUCUUAGUGCAAUUAUUGUAUACCUUUCUGCUCAUGAUUUCAAGCAAGCAGAACAGUGCUAUAACGACUGUUGUCAGAUUGAUACGUUUCUGAGUAGUGACCAGAGUCAUUGUGCCAGUAAGCUUCUUUCUGCAUACAGAGAGGCUGAUGUUGAAGAAAUCAAACGUGUAGCUAAAUCCAGUACUGUAUCCAAUCUCGAUCAUAUGAUCAUCAGACUUGCAAGGAAGCUGCCUACUGGUGAGCUGGUUGCAAUGGAAGUUAAUUCACUGGAGAAUGGAGAGGCCCUUGAUGAAGAUGACCUAACAUAGUCAUAAACAUAAUACAUAUAUAUGCAUAUAUAUCCAUAUAUGUAUAUACAUAACAAAAUAUGUGUGUGUGUGUGUGUGAAAAUGGUGGAACUAUAUAUUUGAUUGAUUAUGUGGCAUAUUAUUAUUUGCAUGAUGCGUUAUAUUGUUAUUCUACAUAUUAUGCAUUUGAAAGGCUCAAUGGACUUGAAAGUUGUACUCUUUGAUAUAACAGAUUGGUAACUCUUUGUAAUAACUUCUUGGUAGCUCA